UCAAAUGGCCCCGUAGGGCAACAAGGCUGGUUAGUUUUGACCGUGCUGCUUGUGCCAUGAAAAAAUCGAUCCCAAUUGGCAGCCAUUUGGGCUUUUAUAUCUGUCAAGCUCUUUUUUUGAACUGUGGUCAUUAAAUGAAGGGAUCUGGUCUGGGAGGGCCCAUCCAUUCCUUCAGCUGGGCGAGGGACCAGGCAAACUGUCUCCGGCAAUCUAAAUAAGAGGGAAUGUUGAACAGGGAACACCGCUGGGGCCGAACAGAGGAGCAGGAACCGGAGCCCAGGCUGAGUCCGCAAACUGUCGGAUCCAGACUUUGGCUCGGGGACGGUUGGAAGUGGGAGAUGGAGAUGCCAGAGGAACCCGCCAAUAGUGGGCAUUCGCUGCCCCCGGUUUAUAUUUAUAGUCCCGAGUAUGUCAGCAUUUGUGACUCUCUCGUCAAGAUCCCCAAACGGGCCAGUAUGGUCCACUCUCUGAUCGAAGCAUAUGCCCUGCACAAACAAAUGAGGAUAGUGAAGCCCAAAGUGGCCUCCAUGGAGGAUAUGGCCACCUUCCACACUGAUGCCUAUCUGCAACAUCUCCAGAAGGUCAGCCAAGAAGGUGAUGAGGACCAUCCAGACUCCAUAGAAUACGGACUAGGUUAUGACUGCCCAGCCACAGAAGGAAUAUUUGACUAUGCAGCUGCUGUGGGAGGAGCUACAAUCACAGCUGCCCAGUGCCUGAUUGACGGGAAGUGUAAAAUAGCGAUAAACUGGUCUGGAGGGUGGCAUCACGCAAAGAAAUAUCCCAACAGUCUCUGCUCUGAAGAUGAAACCCUGACAUCAUUUAGGAGAUAGGCUGAAAUUAAGGACUGGGUAGAGGCAAUAUUUCCAUCCUGAAAAUUCAGAGCUCCAGUUCCAGAGCUGUCUGCCAGAAGCCCUGGAGUUCUGCUCACACCCGCAUGGAAGCAAGGGCACUCACUGGGAGGAGAUAAGAAAGCAGAGCUCCCUGCCAGCAUCUGGGCAUUCCUGGAACUGCUGCUCUAGGGUCCCUGCCCUAAGCUGCCCGGCAGGUUUCCUCGUGCUCUUCUCUCCAUUGUAGUCACACUGUUUAAAUGUCCCAUAUACUCGCAGCACAGAGUCCGAGAUCCCAGUCCUUCCUUAGACCAGCGUUGAUUAAACCGUAUGUGACAAGCUCAUGGUUUUCCUCUUUAGUAACGGGAGGUAGGGAAAUGGAAGCAAAGUCUAUCCCUCCCCCUCCCCCACACCUGACUGAAAAAAAAUCUUUGAUUUGAAACUAUUCAGGUGCUGACGGGGUUCUGUUGUAACUGGCUUCUUGAAAACUUUCCCAGUGUUGAAAGUGGGAAAUAUGUUCAUACAAUAUUCUUAGAAGUCUGUUCUCAGGAAAUAACCCGAUCCUGCUGUCGAGAAAUUGAUAUCUUGGGGGUGAUACAACAAAUCACCGCAUUUGAAAGUUAAAUAAGGGUGAUUUUAGAAACUCCUGCAAAAAGACUAGUGCUACUAAAUAUUCAGUGUACAAAGCCAGAAUAAUGAAAACACUGGCAUAAGAUAGCAUGUCCCUCUAAGAGGCCAAGUCUAAGUUUAAUGGGUUGUAAAAGAUGCCUUUGGAAAGCCCAGGUUAGCUGCCUGGUUAGGCUGAGCUGCCGCUAAACUACUUUUUCCUGUUUCUCAUUUUCCCUCAUUGUCGACCUAGGGCAGCUGUCCAAGUCCAGUGAGUCAGUUGGUACACAAGAUCCAGGCCCUUCAGCCACAGGGUAGAGCACACAGCAGCAGUAACUCGGGGGACGAGAGGGGCUCCAGGCAUUUUCACUACUUGCCAUGUGUUUUCUCCCCUCAGUCCCUGUCACGUCUCCGCCAUUCCCCCAGAAACUCCUUAUUCAGUAGCUCAGGAUACUAUGUCAUUAUCAAUUAUCUGGGCUUCUUCCAGAUGUACAUAUGAAAAUGAAUAAAAUGAUUUUUCUCUGGUUAAUCAAUUAUUAUGCUAACUCGUAGCCUGACCACGACACUAGAAGGGAUGGGAGAGGGGCCUUAUUCCUUGCUCAACACAGACAGCUGAACAGACUGUCGCUGGGACUGACGCCUUACAGACUACUGCCCUCUUCCUUAAAUAUCUGCAAUCCCAGCUUUCUGUGUGAAAGACUCAUCUACUGACGGUAUCCUGGGAAUUUAAUAGAAUUCUUUGGUUUCAGAACUUGUUUUUCCUCCAUACUUUGCUGUGAGUCAAGUGCCACCUGCUGGCAGUCAACUGUUAUGGCAUUUUCUCUCCUCUGAGUAGCCCUGGCUGUCUGGAACUCAUUCUGUAGACCUCAAACUUGGAGAUCCACCUGCCUCUACACCAGUGUCUCAAGUGCUGUGCUUAAAGGCACCUGCCGCCCAGUGACAUAUAUUUAUUUAUUUAUUUGUUUGUUUAUUGCCUCAAGCUCUCUUUUUAGGCGAGAAUGACCUUAAACUACUGAUCCCCAGGCCUCUACCUCAAGUGCUGGUGUUAUAGCUUGUCUGGUUUCUGCAGUAAGGAGGGUCAAACCCAGGGCUUCCUGCAUGCUAUGCAAGCACUCUACCGACUGAGCUCUAAAAGUUUCCUUGCCGGGAAUUGAACCUAGCACCUCAUGCAUGUCAGGCAAGGGCUCUACCACCGAGAUACAUUCCUGACCUGAUAUUUCAUCUUUAUAUGCCUGAAGUCUGUAUGUCCAUUUAAGGUGCUCAGUCUUGUCUAAACACAGUUUAGUAUUUUACCUGUGCAUUUGAUGAUGUACUUUACUUUGUUUUCAAAGAGGCAUUUCUACUGGAAUCUCUUUACUAGUUCAUAAAUCUGUACUGAUAUUUUCCCUCACCUAAUGACCACUUUCAAAUUAUAGUCUGUAAAGUAUGCCUCCGUACAUUUUUUUUCAAAGAUCAUUUUAAGGGCUAUUCUUCACUUUUUCUGUCUCCUCGCAAUCUUAUGUGGACAUAGUUUCUUCAGGAUCUGGAGCACAGAGAAGCUUUAAGAACUUUGAGAUUGUGUUCUGUUUUGAAUAAAGCCUGAACAGGGUAGGAAUUAGAGCAGUAUGGAGAUCACAGGUGGGAAGCUAACGUUGCACAGGGGUCUAAGGAGGUAGGUGCGCAGGUAAAAAGCCUGCUGUGCAAGCAUGAGAACCGGAGUUCCGAUCCACAGGUCUCAGUGAAAUGCUGGCCAACUAUGGUGACUUCCAAUAAUCCCAGCACUAAAGAGGCUGAGAUACAGGAUUGCAUUCCCAGGGCAAGCUGGCUAGCUUAGACUAGCCAGAAUCGAUGAGCUCUGCGUUUGAGAAACCUUGCCUCAAAAAAUGAAGAUAGAGAGUGUUCGAAGCCGUGCGGGGAAGCUGUUUCCACUUUCACCUUGUGCUCAUGAGCAAUGCUUAAUCAUAUGUGGAAGAAUGAAGAAUGUUAAGACAAAAGGUUCACUUGUCCUUGAUGUAGGACAGGAGUUUUAAUGCGGAUCAGUGAUAAACAUACUUAGCUUGCUGGUAUGACACAAAUGAUUCUUUCCUUUUGUUUUUUGAGAUGGAAUCCCACUGUAUAGCCAAAGCUGCCCUAAAACUUAUGGUCCUCCUGCGUCAGCCUCCUGAGAGCCAAGAUUAUAAAUUAACAAUGCUUGGAGCAAUAAUUUCUUGAUCUACUUUGCAUUGGAGAAAGUGAUAAAAACAAAAGGAUGCAUAGUAAGGAUAGAAAGGGCUGCUCAUUGGACCGUGCUGUGACAGCUGUGGCACUUCCAUGCUCAGCUCCUGUCGUAAACUAAAAUAGGUGGCAGUUGGACUGAAGAGUUAAAUAUAAAAAAGCAAGUUACAAAACUAUGAUGAAUGAAUAUCAAGCUUCUAACAAGGACUAAGUUUCUAAGUUUAGUAUGUAAUAGGAAGUAUUUUCAAGGGAAAAGAUCAAAAUUUUAUAAUUUAAAAUUUAAAAACCAAUGAAAUAGAAAUGUUUUUUAAGCCACAGUAAAAAUAAAAGAUAAACACAAACGGACAAGGUCCAUGUUGCCUAAAUAUGACAAAGUGUGAUAGGCUGUGUCAUUUAAGGCACACACGCAUUGCGAUGUAGAAGCAGAGACAUGGAAAAGAGCACCGACAAUUUACAGAAGAGUUUGAGUGCAAUCAGAAGAUGUGAGAAGAUGUUCAUUACUAACAAAAAAUGCAAAUUAAAACAAGUUGAUGCUGGGGACAUAGGUCAGUGGUAGAGCAUAGAAGCGCAAUGCCCUGCCUUCUGUCCCCAGGACUACAGACAAACAAACCCAAUGCAGAAAGCCACUUUAAACCUGUAUUUAAAAAUGUAAAAAAAAAUCGAGCAUCUAGCAAGACAAAAUAAAGGAAUGGUGAAUUUACUCGUGAAAUAUUAUGUAUGCUAUGCUUUUUUGCUUUGUUUCUCUGUGUGUGCUCUUUCCUAAGGACUGGACCCGAGGCCUCCUGUGUGCGUCACACGUGCUCUACCGCUGAGCUACAUCUAUCCCAGGCCCUUGUGCUAUUAUUUUUAAUGGCGGUUAUGAAAAUGAUAGGGUAUUUCAAAAAUGAUUAUAUAUAUUUUAAAAACAGUAUUUAAAAUUGUAUGUAUAUUGUAAUUAGCUCAUUGCACACACGAGGAAAACAGUGGGAAUGAGUUCACUGAUCAUCUUACAAUGGCAGAGGUACUCCUGAGUUUUGUUGGUUUUGACACAUCAUCUC